AUGGUCCGGAUGACGCACGCAACCCAUGGACAUCAUGUUUUCACUGGAGUUUCACCAGACAAGGUGCCGGAAGAUUACGAGUGUGUCCUUGCUGGUGUACUCGAAAGAAAGAUCGUCUCCGCCGUCACAGUCUGGAAGCCAGUCCGCGUUGUGCUCACGGCAGACGCCAUGUGCUUUUCUAACGUCCCUUCCCCCGGCAUCGACACUAGUGUUGUGCUCGACUCUAUUCCCACGCAUGAGAUCGUUGGGAUUGUUCAUAACGGUUUCGAAGCAGAUGAGCACGGCUACUUUGAAUUCUGCAUCAUGACCAAGGAGGGAGGUUUCAACUCCGGCAGGCAAUACAUACAUCGGACCAAGUCGCUGGACGAGGGAAGAGAUUGGUGCGAGAGGUUGGACGAGCUCUCUGCUCUAGCGAAGAAGCAGCAAGUGGAGAGAGAGUUCAUUCAGAUGUACGGGGACAGCCAGUUCCGAAUCUUCCGCGCACGCACGUUGAGGGCGUACGAGGGGACCAAGAGUCAGCUGCUUGUCGCUUUUAUCAUCACUUCAAGCUUCCUGGCGGAUGUCCUUGAAGCUCAAUAUCUUCCAGCUGAUGGAACAGUUGGGGCUAACGCGUUCGUCUAUGCUGACUGGGCCUUCACUCUUUUGUUUGCAGUCGAGCUCUGUGUCAAUCUGUUUGCACGAAGCUCAGACUGUUUUGCUCCUUUCUUCAGAGACAGAUGGAAUAUUUUUGAUACCUUUGUCGUGUUCGUGGGAAUAUUCACGAAGGCUGUUGAGACCCUUCCACAGCUCAAACUUCUCCGCCUCGUUGUUCGCCUGUUCAAUAGAGUGAAAUCUCUCAACAGAAUCAUUAAGGCGCUUGCUGCGUCUCUCACUCCCGUGGGCAACAGCUUCUUGCUUCUCCUUCUUGUCACGUGCAUCUGGGCUACCCUGGGCACGCACGUGUUUCAUGACCGAAGCCCGGUCUUCUUUGGAAGGUUCAUCGACUCUUUGUUCACCAUGUUCCAGGUAGUGACAGGUGACAGCUGGGCUUCAGCCGUCACUCGGACUCUCUUCAAGGAGGACGGGACGGUGGAUGUAGCAGUCGCGCUCUUUUUCGUCAGCUACGUCAUCAUAGCAGGCAUGCAGAAUGAAGCGAGGAUGAGGGGAUCGGCUAGCAGGGUGAACGGAGUCUUGGAUCCUCUCACUGCUACUAUCGCGUACUUCAACGACAAUGACGACUUGUCAGCAAAGAUUUGGGAUACCUACAGGCGACUAGACGAAAACGCGUCGGGCGGUCUUGACUUCGAAGAGUUUCAGAAGGGGCUGAAGAAGAUUCCGACAACCAAGCCCAUCCAUCUCACAAAGGUCGCAGGAGGAGGGGAGGAGAGAGGAGACUGGAUGAGAGAAAGCAUAGGAGAUGAGAGAAUGAAAGAGGAAUGA